ACCCCAGCCAGACAAUACUAAAUAUAUUAAAUCAAACGCUGCCCUCUGACAAGAAUCACCGCCAAGUACGCUUCAAUUUUACAUUUGCUCGCCGCAAGUUGCCUUCUGUCUAUGCCAGUUGUGGCAGCGUCGGGGAAAGCUCGCCGCAGAGUCCGUUUCCCUCAUGACCUUUACAGCCCAAGACGUUCGCAUACCAUCGAUCUUCAAAGAGCUGCCGGCCCUUCGCGAUCUAUUGGUUACACAGACCAGCACGGUUCAGGACGAGACCGUGGAGAAAUGUCUUCCGUUUCUACGAGGCACUGAUGGCAGCCUAAGAGACAAUGUAAACGUACAUGGAUUGGCUCAUCUGCUAAGAGAUCGCCAUAUCGAGUAUCUUUAUGAUUCUCUUGAAGAUUACCCGGAAACAUUUGUCAGUCUCGACGCGAGUCGACCUUGGAUGUCGUAUUGGGCUCUGGCGGCCUUGGCUCUUCUAGGAGAAGAUGUAAGCAAAUAUCGUGAACGGGUAAUAUCUACACUUACUCCGAUGCAGAACGAAAAAGGCGGGUUUGGAGGAGGCCAUGGCCAAAUGUCGCACUUGGCAUCCACCUUUCCAGCUGUCCUUUGUUUAGCAUUGGUCGGGGGUCAUGAUGCAUAUAAGCUAGUUGACCGCAAAGCAAUGUGGGUUUGGCUCGGGAGACUGAAGCAGCCUGACGGUGGUUUUCAGCUUGUCAUUGGUGGCGAAGAAGAUGUCCGGGGCGCAUACUGCGCAAUGGUGAUCAUAUCUCUUCUCAAUCUGCCAUUGGAUCUGCCUCCAGAAGCCGAAGCGCGCCAGCAUGGAUUGCGCACAUUUGUUAGUGGUCUCCCUGAGUACUUGUCUCGAUGUGAGUCGCUAUUUUUUGGUGGGCAAUCGUCCAUUCUAACGAAAGUAACUUCAGGCCAGACAUUUGAAGGCGGGUUAUCUGGGAAACCAAGCGCCGCAGAGGCUCACGGGGCAUACGCAUUCUGCGUUUUAGCCUGCUUGUGUAUUCUUGGUAAACCGGAAGACAUGAUUAUGAAGUACAUGGAUGUGCCCCUUCUACUGUCCUGGCUCUCAGCUAGGCAGUAUGCCCCAGAAGGUGGAUAUUCUGGCCGUACUAACAAAUUGGUGGACGGCUGCUACAGUCAUUGGGUUGGAGACUGUUGGCCAUUGAUUCAGUCGGCUUUGAGGGGCACACCCCGUGAGACAGACUCUGUUCCUCCGCCAGAUACCUGCUUGUACAGUCGCGAAGGACUUGCUAGGUAUAUCUUAAAUUGCUGCCAGAAUAAAUUAGGUGGUCUUCGCGACAAACCAGGAAAGACUAAAGCGAUGAAUAGACAACCGGACUCAUACCACACCUGUUAUACUUUGACUGGACUAAGUGGUCUUCAGCACCACCACUACCACAAUGGGGCGGAUUCUUCGGUUACAGGGAUGUUUGCUUCUGCGUUUUCUUGGCGUUCUAUUUCCAUAAAAGUAAGUUCUACAGCGGGGCCGGAUCAGGACAUCUUUGACGAUGUCGACCGUCUCGCAUCUUUCCAUCCCCUGUUCACCAUUCCUCAUAAAAGUGCGGAUGCGAUACACCGAUGGUGCGAAGACAGGCCGAUCUGA